AUGAGUCCGCCCCGGUCCUCUGGUUCCCAACGCACCUUGCCCAAAAUUAAGCAGUUGAGCCUGUGGCCGAGCUGCCCAGUGACUCCCAAGGGAAUAUCUGUCACUCUGUGCUGUGGUACCAGCUUCAGUUGGGGCCAUGCCGCCUUGAAGCCAGAGACUGGGCCCAGCAAGGUGGAAUUCACUUUUGGCAAAGCUCACAUUGAAGUUGUGCCAGAUGGUAGGGGGCUGCCAAGCGGCUUCUCCAAGACGGGAGGCUGCUUGGUGUUUGAGCAAUGGGGACCCCAAAGAUCGUACUGCCUUCUGCAGCUUUCCCCGCUGAGGCCCAGGGGGCUGUAUCCAGCUUGCGUCAUCAGUGAAAUUACACUCUGCCGACUCACGGGGGCCUUAAGUGGACAGCCCAGCAACUUCAAUGAAGCCUAUGACAACCUGAUUGCCUUCAUCCAGCAGCCAUCCAACUGGGACAUCUUGUCCCAGGAGUUACGGGGAGUAGGUACCGUCCUGGUUCACUGCUGGGCCCAGACGAGAGAGAAGAGAGCCGCCAUGGUGGAACCCAAUGGUUUUCUCUACCACUUGUACGAAGUGUUGGACUGCAUUUCUCCUGAGCUUAUGUGGGCAGCCGUCGGGCCGGAGGGCAAGCAGAAGAGGUUUUAUUAUGUUCUGAAGGAGCAAGUGUCCUCCUUCUCCAAAGCCUUGCUGACCCUGGCAGAGGCCUGCUACCCGAUGACUGAGCUGCUGGCCCAGCACGUGUUUGAAGAUCUCAUGGAGAGAUGUGAAGCUCUGCUGGCUCACUGCUGAAC